CGUGAGUUCAAUAAUGUGAGUGAAUACGACAUUCAACCAACAUACCUGUAGGUACUCAUGGAUAUACGAAAGGUAUGCGUCGCUCCAAAAUUAAGGCCAGUUACUUUACGGGUAGCAUUACCCGAUAGGAAUGGCCAGUGUGAUAAUGCUAUAAGGAUGAAAAGAGGGUAGGAUACAAUGUUCCAUUGUCGCACAGCAGUCAUAUCCCCAAUUUGUUUCCUUUCAGUGCCGUCUUCCAUUUCAACAGACUUGCAGGAUAGUAGCAACAAGGCAAACUCAGAGACUGAGUAGGCAAUUUCAAUCCUUUUUCCAGGUUCGCCCGCGAUAUUCGACCAUGAUUUCGGGAGCAAUGUUAUUCCAAUGGAUACUACUCUCGGCAGGAUGCAUAUUGGUGGCUUAUUUCUCCCUUACAUUCACGUACAACGUCUUCCUACACCCCUUGAGAAGCUAUCCGGGCCCUCUUCUGGCUAAGAUGACCGAUGCCUAUGCGGGCUUUUAUGCAAUGAUGAUGCGUCUACACCUUGUCACAUGGGAAGAUCAUCAAAAAUACGGCCGGGUUAUAAGGCAAGGCCCAAAUAAGCUCGUUUUCAACUCAGCUCAGGCUCUUAAAGACAUCUAUAUGAAUGAUAGGCUGUCCAAAUCUCGUGUGUAUCUAACAUCACUCCAAGCCACGACAGGCGAGAAUGCAUGGAGUACAAUCGACAAGCGCACCCACCGUAUAAGGCAACGGAUGAUAGGUUCUGUACUAAACGAUCGCUCCUUACAAAAGUUUGAGCCUACUAUAAUUAGAGAGAUUGAUAUAUUUCUUGGUGUGGUUUUAUCUUCAUACCAAGGUUCCCAACUUUUGAAUAUGACCGACAAAUUCAAUUAUCUGAUGCUGGAUAUUAUCGGUCAGCUUGCUUUUGGGUAUGCUAAUCGUACGCAAACUGUGCCAAAGAAUCGAUUUCUAUCAAAAGGGAUCACGGUGGCCAAUUACCAUAUCAAUAUCCUUUUGCAGUACCCAUAUCUAGCACAAUCUUGGUUGGUAUCUUUAAUACGACAUGUCACAGCGUAUCAACAGGAGAGAAAUUUGGACUCGUUACGAAAACUCAUAAAGAAGCGAAAGAUGCAAGGGGUAGACGCACAUUAUGAUCUAUACCAUUUUGUCACCCGGCAGAUGGGUACCGAGGACACCGAAAACGUUGAGUUAAGUGAACUGUGGUCAGAAGCGGCCUUAUUCUAUGUGGCAGGAGUAGAGACAAGCUCAACGACUCUAUGUGCGUUAUUUUUCUAUCUAUCACGAUAUCGAGAAUGUUAUGACAGACUUGUCGCAGAGAUUCGCUCUUCAUUUACUAGCGGAGAUGACAUACGAAGGGGUGCAAAGUUAGGUGGAUGCCACUACCUUCGCGCCUGUCUCGACGAAUGUAUGCGUAUUUCGCCACCGGCGCCAGGGAUAUUCUGGAGGGAGGCUUCUUAUGACGACAGCAAAGCUAGUGGCCCAUUAGUUAUCGAUGGCCACGUUAUUAAUCCGGGGACACACGUUGGAGUCUGUACUUAUGCUAUUCAUCACAGCGAGGAAUACUUUCCCGAGCCCUUUAUAUUCAAGCCUGAGCGAUGGAUGGCGGAAAGCCCAGCUCCUAAACCAUCGGUGCCCUUCGCUGCAUUUUCAUUAGGAGCCCGAUCGUGUCCAGGGAGGUCUCUUGCAUAUCUACAAAUAAGCCUCACUGUCGCUAAAACGCUGUGGUAUUUCGACUUUGAGCGGCCAUCAGGCAAGCUUGGUAAUGUUGGCAGUAGAAGUGGUGAGGGUAAACCGGACGAAUUUCAACUGUACGAUAUACUUGCUUCCACUCAUACAGGGCCUAUGUUAUCCUUUAAGCCCAGAGGUGAAUAUUGGAAGGAUCUGAAAGCAAUGUAAGGCUAGGAUGCUGUGAAUGAGUUGGCGAUCAAGGUGCCUACUGUUACUUUAUGAUAUGCUUAAUUGAAUAUAUACAAUUAUCAAAUAUAGUCCUUUUACUGAUCGAAGAGAUCAAAACAUCGCUAAGAAAGCCAGAAGACAAGCUGCGCGAAUGGGGGAAAUCCACCCAAACUUCACAACUUCUAACAUCGGGGUGUGGAUAAAAAUCAAAGAUUACUUGUGCUAGUUACUUUGUCUGUGAAGGAUUGUAAAGAGUUUCGUAGCAUCGGAUACGGUGCGGCCCGGGCAGCCACUUGAUG